AUGGCAAUGACAUACAAUUCUACACUAAAUAGAGAGGCACAACUUAAACAAUUAAUCGAAAAAAUCCAAGACUGGUUUCACCAGUUAACAAUUGUUGACCAAGAACUCCAAUCCGGACCGCUAACGACAACUAUGCCGACGGAGAAUUGCGAACAAGAAGAAAUCGAAAAAGCCGUUAUAAUGAUUGAGCAAAUACGGGAGAAAAAUCCAGCACUAACUUUCCCAUUUUCCACCACAGAAACUUCCCACCAAGGUACUUCGGGAGAGCAAAAAACUAAAACUCGUCCUAGCCCGCUGGAUUUAACCAAAAGCCAAGAAGAAUUAGAAGGAAAGGGUAUACUUCCUCGACCAACCACCCCCCUUAGUGCGAUUGCGUUUGCUUCCCCUCGCCGCUCCUCCCGAAAGCGUAGUAUUAGUGUUGAUGCCAAAGAGCACUAUUCUAACCCCCCACUUCUUACCGUUGUUGCGUCCAAUGAAAAAAGCAGCUCUUCUGAGGAAAGAAAAAAUGAACUCCUAGAAAAAAUAAGAAACAACGUUAUCGAAGACCAAAAGCGAAUUGAAAAACAAAACUUAGAAGAGAAUUUAUCUAAUAAAGAAAAGCAAGUAGCAGCCGAAAGACGAAAAAACACCCAACUAACUAGUGAAUGUGAUGAUUAUAAACAAAAACUAGCCGAUUUAGAAGGUAGCCGCAUCCAGCUCGAAGCCGAAAAUAAAGUUUACAAACGAUCCUCGAAGGAUUUAAGAGAAA